GUAUAAGCUGCCUUCAGUCAUAAAAUCCGGCGUAUACGCCUCUAGCUGCUUGCGGUAGUCCUAUGCUCUUCUUGGGGAUGUAGGAGCAUAGGAUGAGAACCAUCGACACAAACCCUCUCCGUACCGGUAAAACGGUCGGAUUGUAAAUAAUACCAUGUACUUAGCCAAACCCUAAAACUUUGUUGAAGUUGUAGGUAGCCAAUCCUUGCAAGUUGCAUUGUGCGAACCCUAAACGCGCAAACGCACCUGCCCUUGUACUACUAAUAACUAAAUUUAAAUGCACAAAUUUGAGCCUGCAAUGGCAUUUUAGGAAGAACUUGAAGUUGAAGAAGGGGGGAUUGCAUCUCUCAGGAAGAAAGUCCCACCAUAUGACCAUUUCACAUUGGGGCUUGUGCGCAGCAUCUGUGCAGGAUGGAUCAGGUUCUCAUCAGCUUUGACGUCGAUGGCACAUUGAUCAGGUCCAUUGGAGAAGAUGCCAACGCUUUUCAUAAACGGGCGUUCAGCUACGUCAUGAAACAAAUCUAUGGAGUGGACGGCACGAUUGAUGCAAUCAAGCAUCAUGGCAGCACAGACAAGCAGGUCCUGAUCAACACACUCGCUCACUACGGUGUGCCACCAAGUCAGAGUGAACCAAGGGUGCCAGAAGCUACAGACAAGAUGCUGGAGUACGCCAGACUGCAUCCAGAAGAAGUCUCACUUGGGUUGGAGAUACUCCCAGGGGUUGCGGCCCUUUUGCAGGAGUUGCACAGCAGGAAAACCGUGUUGAUCGGUCUGGUGACUGGGAACCUGGAAGAGAUUGCAUGGAUGAAGAUGAUGGCCCUAGGAAUCUAUCCGUUCUUUUCUACUCCUCAAUUUGGUGGGUUUGGAAGCGACCACAUCGAACGCGGCGAGCUGGUGAAGGUCGCCCGAAGACGAGCGGAGGAGCUCUUUCCUGGGGGUAUCAAGUCGCACUUUCAUGUUGGAGACACUCCUGCGGACAUCCAAGCGGCCAGCUAUGGAGGCGCGCAUGCAGUGGGGGUAUGCACAGGGGUUUUCUCGGCGUUGGAGCUAACAGAAGCCGGCAAAGGCAACAAGCACGGGGUAACUAUCCUUACAGGCCUUGCGGAUCAAUCACUGUUUCUACAAACAGUCGGGCUUUGACUACGUCCUGACAUUCUCGUUCGUUCAAGUUGCGUCCGUGUUGGCUACGAUUCUGGGGUGCUUGGUCCACGAAUCUUACCAAGAGUGGCCGUCCGGCAAGUUGAUUAAUUGAUAUCCGAUCAGCCACGGCUGGCCCGGAGGAAUGGUGCUCGCGCUGAGUUCGCAACCCGCUGAGGAAUCUCAGUACGCUCAGUGUCGUAACUUGUUAUGAGUUCGACCGUCAAUGUUGAGCGGGAAGGCAGCGUGCAUAAGACGGUAUUUUGGCGUACCAUGGCCGCCCAUGCCAGCUAGCACAAGAAUGAGUCAUUGGGGCCACGUGCGGCACGGCCGCAGCUCGACCACAAGAUAUACGAAGUCGCAUAGAAUGCAGG